UACCCAUAUAUAUCAACCCUUCAGGCAGACGCUAACUCAGUACAGAGUUCGUCGACAUGCUCAACGAGAUGCGUUUCGGUCGUCUAUCAAGUCAUUCAAUCGCCAGGUUCAAGUCGCUGUCGCGUCCUGUAACGUACGAGGAUGGUGUCGAUGCAACGGAAUUAUUCCCCCGCCGAGAAGACGUAGACAUGGCGAACCGGCGGCGCAUGAACCAGCUCCGGUCUGAGCCCUUGACGUUCCGCGCCGUCGAGGGCGGCACCGCACAGGGCGACCAGCGCGAGAAAUUGCUCAACAACUUUAUGUGUCCGCGCGAUGUUGUGCUGCGGGAGACGGCUCAGGUCAUGCUCAUCAAGAACUACGAUGAGACGCUGGUGAACGGUAGCAUGGGCCGCGUCAUCCGCUUCGAGGACCCGGCGACGUACUCGGGCGAUAUGACCAGUGACGAUCCGAAGGACGCAAGAGCGGGUAUGCAGAAGAAACAACAACAAGCUGGGGUGAAACAAACUGCUGGCGUACCUAGCAAGCGCUACCCUGUCGUGGAGUUCAUCACGCCGCAUGGGACGCGGGAGAUGCUGGUCAUGCCGGACACGUUCAAGGUCGAACUGCCGAAUGGGGAGAUUCAGGCGAGCAGAACGCAGCUACCUCUGAUUCUGGCCUGGGCUAUGAGCAUACACAAGUCGCAGGGGCAGACGUUGCCGCGUGUCAAGGUGGAUUUGGGGAAGGUGUUCGAGAAGGGUGAGUUUUCAUAACCGUCGACGACAAACUCUUCACUCUCGACAUGACUUCCAUGGCCGUCGACAUGCCUCUCCUUCCGGUCGAUAAAACCUUCAUCCCGGUCGUUCAAAAGAGCAAUACUAACGCCUCA